AAAAAACGCCGUGUCGGCACAGCAGCAGUGGCUGAUCAUCUUUGGCUUUCUUAUGGCGCGUCUGUGUGUAAGGGUCGUGCCGCUUUACCUCAGAAACUUGUACAACUCGCUGUUGCCUUGUGCUUCUGGACCUACCGCUGAACGUCGCGGCAUGCGAAACGAUCGCUGGCACUUGAAAGCAACGUUUCCAGGUCACUUUUGAGAGACAGGAUACGUGGUCAACAGAAGGUCCGAAGUCUUCUUGUUCGUUUUUCACCGGAAAUGACAUCGCUGAAAAGCGGAAAGUUUCUUCUGAAACUCGCUUCGCACGGGCGGGAAACCCCCGGUGCAGCAGCUUUCCAAGCAGUCCUGCGAUCCACGCGCGUCGCCCACGAGUUGCAGCGUUUAUCAAGGACAAGUUGCUUCUGCAAAGCCAGUGAGCGCCUGUUUCACCCACAGGAAGCUGCUUUCCCUUAUUUCGAAGGACUACAGAAAAACUUUGCUUCUACCCUGGUUCAACCUACAUCGAGUGGCAGCGUCCACCAUGACAGUAUGGCUAGAGACAAGGAACUCCCGCCAUCCCCUGAAGCGUCUAACGAUAACAAUUUGAGAAGUGGAGGCAUCGACCUAUCAUCUACGCAGCUGAAUGAAGGCGCUCCAGAGUCGCCUUUUGUGAAAAAAAUUUUCCGCGUUAACCGGAACGGUUCUGCACCAAGGUCAGGUGCGGCGUCGGGUGAGUGUUCUGCACAUGCAAAUGAAAAGGCUGAAGGCACUGCUCGCCACGAAGCUCAUCUCAAGCAAGAGAGCAAAACGGUUGGACCACAAUCAAAAGAAUCCGGUGGCGUGUUGAAGGAACCCGAGUAUGGCUUCAAAUACGAAGGCCCCGAACCAACGGCCCAUGGUGACUGGUCGCACAACGGAAGGGUCACAGAUUUCUAGGCCGUUUGUAGUAUUGUUUACAUCUGUUGGCGACGCAUUCCUCUCGUAGGCGUCCAUUUUUCUUGCCUGUUGUUGGUUUGCGUGUCCUGCAUUGCGAGGCAACUAAGUUGCACGCACAUUUCUUCUCUCAUUCCGUUCCCGAGAUACGUGUCGCAGGUACGAUUUCUCCUGAACAGGCGCUUUUUUUUACUGGCGUAACAGCAGAUGAAUGUGUUAUUUUUACCUGGGUAAAUGCCCUGCUGGACUUUCGCCGUGUCGGGCUGUAUACUUCCAUUUAGCCCACAUGGUGCGGUGAUGCUCUGCAAGUGUUCAUUUCUUUCCGUUUUUCGGUUCAAUCGGUAGAGUUUUGUUUAGGCGUACUGCUGGGCUACCGGGCCCUGCUCCCACCCGUGUUUCUUCAGUCACAUAACCUGCGACAGCAGCAGCGAUGGUCUCUUUUUCGGAAACGUAAUUCGAGACAAAGCGCACCGUUUCUGUCAAGGUAUCUACGGA